GCUCUGUUCCUGGUUCCCAACACAGGCCUCCACUCACCCCAGGCACCUCCUCUCCCUUCCUCGCUUGGGGAGCAGGAGAGUCGGUGUCAGUCUGGAGGCAGGAGAUAAAGGGAUGGAUUAAGAAACGAGAGAACAUCCGAUGAUGAGAACACAUUUAUGUGCAGCGCUUUGCACUGCUGUGGGGCUGGAAGGUGGCAGUUAAAGGAGGUUGGGGACCGAACUCUACAUUCAUUCUGAAGGGUCCUCCAAACUCUACCUACAGGGUUGCCAUAUAGGUUAUAGGAUGAAAUGUCAAGCAACUCUGAAGGCUGAAAGGGCAGUUGGCACAAUUAGGGAGGCAGGGAACAAAUAACACAGGUUACAACGGUUCAGGAAAAAGAAUGAGGAGACAUUUCAGAGACGAUUAAAAAUAGGCCCCAGUGUUGUAAAGAGAGAAGCAGCAGGAGUUGGCAAGAAAUUAUAAGUAUUAAGAAGAGGGUCCAACGAUUAUUCUAAUGCUUUUGUAAAAUGGACCAUCACAAAGUUGGUGACAAUGGGUCCGUUUGCUAAAGGGAGAGAAUUCGAGAAAGGAAGACGAAGAAGAGCUGUUUUGCCACGUGUAAUUUAAGAUGUCAACCGGAGGCUCGGUGUAAUAGAUGGAAAGAUAUACUAUUCUUAGUUUGACUCGAAAGGGAAGUUCAGAUGUCACAAAGAUAGGUUACCGUGGCUCAUGUACGUUGUGUGCCAAACGAGUGAUCUCAGAAAAAUUCUCCUUCCCUCAAUUCUUAGGGCCAUUUCGGAGCUUCUGGACUACAUUUCCCAAGACGCCCCGCGCCAGGCCCCGCUGGGCGCCGCCGGAAAGGUGUCCUGUGAGACUCCGAGCGUAGAACUCCGCCUCUGCCGCUUGGGGGGCGGGGCGACGUCGGACUCUCGGAGCAUCCGAUGACGCACUUCCUCCCGGCGCUGGGGGCCGAAUCGCCGUAUGGCGAGUUCGAGUCCCGCCUCCUGACUCUCGCCACUUAAUCCCCGAGUCCGGGGCGGGGCGCAUUCGCCCAGUAACCUCUCCACAGCAAGGGGCGGUGGCACACGUUGUUGGGCUUCACCAUGGAGGACUACCUGCAGGGUUGUCGAGCUGCUCUGCAGCCUUCUCUCCAUCCUGAAGCUCUGACUGACCCUGAUUCCUCUGCCUCUGAAAUGAAGCAGCAGAGGGAGUCCCAGCCGCUGCAUGUCGUGCUGGGAAAUGAAGCCUGUGACUUGGACUCCAUGGUGUCCGCUCUCGCCUUGGCUUUUUAUCUGGCAAAGACUACUGAGACUGAGGAUGUCUUUGUUCCAGUUUUAAAUAUAAAACGUUCUGAGCUACCUCUACGAGGUGACAGCGUCUUCCUCCUUCAGGAGGUUCACAUUCCAGAGUCCCUCUUAAUCUUCCGGGAUGAGAUCGACCUCCACGCGCUGCACCAGGCUGGCCAACUCACCCUAAUCCUUGUAGACCACCACGUCUUACCCAGAAGUGACGCAGCCCUAGAGGAGGCAGUGGCAGAGGUGCUAGACCAUCGGCCCAUAGACCAGAAGCACUGCCCUCCCUGCCAUGUUUCCGUUGAGCUGGUGGGGUCCUGCACUACCUUGGUGACCGAGAGGAUCCUGCAGGGGGCACCAGAGAUCUUGGACAGGCAAACUGCAGCCCUUCUGCAUGCAACAAUCAUCCUGGACUGUGUCAACAUGGACCUUAAAAUUGGAAGAGCAACCCCAAAGGACCACAAAUAUGUGGAGAAGCUGGAGGCCCUCUUUACAGACCUGCCCAAGAGAAAUGACAUCUUCGAUUCUCUGCAAAAGGCGAAGUUUGAUGUGUCGGGCCUGACCACUGAGCAGAUGCUGAGAAAGGACCAGAAGACCAUUUUCAGACAAGGCAUCAAGGUGGCCAUUAGUGCAAUAUAUAUGGAUCUGGAGGCCUUCCUGCAGAGGCCCGGCCUCGCGGCAGACCUCCAUGCUUUCUGCCAGGCUCACAGCUAUGAUGCCCUGGUCGCCAUGGCCAUCUUGUUCAACGCGCACAACGAGCCCGUGCGGCAGCUGGCCGUCUUCUGUCCCCACGCAGCGCUCCGGAUGACAAUCUGUGGAGUCCUGGAACGGUCCCACUCUCCGGCCCUGAAGCUGACCCCUGCCCCAAGCCCUCACCCUAACCUCCAAGCCUAUCUUCAAGGCAACACCCAGGUCUCUCGAAAGAAACUCCUGCCUCUGCUCCAGGAAGCUCUGUCAGCAUAUUUUGACUCCAUGACAAUCCCUUCAGGGCGCCCUGAGACUGCCAGGGAGCAGGUGGACAAGGAGUCGGACAGGGCAGGCACCUCCCUGAUCCCUGGACUGAGUCAAGAUGAGGAGGAGCCUCCACUGCCUCCCACACCCAUGAACAGCUUGGUGGACGAGUGCCCCCUGGAUCAGGGACUGCCCAAACUCUCGGCCGAGGCCAUCUUUGAGAAGUGCAGUCAGAUCUCGCUGUCACAAUCCACCGCGGCCUUCCUGUCCAAGAAGUGACUGUUGGGACGGGAGGGGGCGGAGGGAGGGGUUGCUUGAACCACCUCGAAUGCAUGUUUUGAGAGGCUUCAGAAAUUCUGUCUUCAUUGCUCCAGGGUCAGGUGCACUUGUCCUGUUCUCAUAACUGGGAGGAGAAAGAAGUAAAAGAAAGCAGCUGCUUUAGGAAUGGCUUUCUACCUUUCCCCCAAUCUCUCCCAAUCAGAUUCUGUUAUUUAAUUUAAUUCUUUAGAUCUGCACUGACUCCCCAGGGGUACAACGUAACUCCUAUGCUGUUCCAGCUGAGGGGCACAGAAAGAAUGUGCGCCCCAACAGUGCCCUCGGCGAGGCUCCUUAACAGAACCAGUAUCUCUCAUGGAACCAAACAUUCAUUGUCUCCAUGUUUGCAUUUGUUCUCUCGUUGAUUCAAGUAUUGAUGGAUGCCUACUCUAAGCUAGGCAGAAGAUAGAGUGCUUCAGAGACUCUUAUUCCAGUUUUCAGCCGUUAGAUCUCCAGCUUCAUGACUCAUGUCUGCCCCCAGUUAGGCAAUGGUGUUUGAUUCCGAGGCGGCUAAAUUUUCUUCCUGAACUUAUUGUGACUCCUUUAGGGUUGUUUGGGAGCAGGGUAGAGGCCAUUCUGUUCUGCCCCGAUCAUGUGGCCUGGCUCUCAGUUUCUUUGGAUCCUUUGUCCCAAAGCCACAGGGGGCCUGAAGGAACUCAGAAGACCCCUGAGCGUUCAGGCGACUCUCAGAAAGGCCUCGUGGCCACUCCUCCCAAAGGAUAGCAGAAUGGCCAUGAGAGCUCAGCUCUGUCCCCAGCCUUAGCGGGUCUGUCAAUCUCUUGUCCACGUCAUUCUCUUGCUCUUAUUACAAGGAAACAGGGAGUCCUGACAUGGACCGCCACCAACUGUGUGUCUUUUGGUAAGACACUUCAUCUCCAGGUCUCAUGUUCCCCAUCUAUAAAACCAAGGAUCUAGACUAGAGGUUCUGUUUUCCCUGGGAGUGCUCAGGGUCACUGGGUUGUCUGUAUUUAUAUGUGAUUGUACCAAGGGACUCGGCCUUGUGUAGCAUGCGCAGGGGUCUGAUUCUUGCCAUAGUGAUCCAACAGAGAGCCCCUCCCUCCCCCCGCCCUCUAACUGACUCGUUCUGCAUGUGUAGUCCCCUUUUCUCUUCACACCUACCUGUUCGCCCUUGUCCUACCCCAAAGCUCUGUUCCAUGUAAGUUGCCAACAGUUUCACUGAGUAGUGAGGUAUGUGAUGGUUUUGGCAUGACGUCUUCAUGUGAAGGGGACAACAGUGUGACUUCCCUUUGAGGGACAAUGUGUGUAGCCGUUGAAAGAUAAAAAUAGUGGUGUGAUUACUGAACCAAAGGAAUUUAUGUUUUGUAACUUGGGUACUUUAUUUUGCAUUUUGUUAAAGUAUUAAAUAAUUUUUUUUUCCUGG